AGUUGUUAAAAUGUUAUAAAUGAAUACAGUAUUCUCGUGUGCUAUAUAAUUUAUUCGGCAUUUAUUAUUUUAUUUAUUCAUUAAAAAAUAUCUACUAACAAUAUGAUUUACUUAAUAGUAAUACUGAUAUUACUUGUUGUGUUGUACUUAUACAAUGUAAGAAAUUUUGAUUAUUGGGAAAAAAGAGGUGUAGUAUACGUGAAACCAAUCAUUUUGUUUGGAACUGCCAUUAAAAUCUAUUUAUCAUUAGAUAGUGCUACAAAUUGUGUGGACAGAGGAUAUAAUGAGUACCCCAAAGAAAAAGUUAUUGGAACUUUUCGUUCAACAACUCCAUCACUGCUAAUCAGAGAUCCAGCUUUAGUGAAGCAAAUUAUCAUUUCUGACUUCGUUUAUUUCCAUGAACGUGGAAUUGUACCAGGUAAAUCACUAGAACCCAUGUUUAGGAAUUUAUUCUUUGGAGAAGGUGAUUUGUGGCGGUUACUGAGACAACGACUAACACCAGCCUUCACUAGCAGUAAAUUAAAAGCAAUGUUCCCCUUGAUAGUAGAACGAGCUGAGCAUUUGCGAGGACGAGCCUUAAAAGCUGCAGUCAAUGGUCGUGCAAUUGAUGCUCGUGAUUUGAUGGCUCGAUAUACUACUGACUUUAUUGGUGCCUGUGGUUUUGGUUUAGAUUCAGAUUCACUGAAUGACGAAAAUUCUGCAUUCAGAAAGUUAGGUGUUAAUAUAUUUACAUUCAGUAUUCGAGAUGGUAUUGUUGUGCUAUUGAAAGAUAUUUUCCCGACUCUUGCUCGUAAUUUAAGAAUAAUGGGAAAGGUUGAAGGAGAAUUAACCACAGUUGUAAAGGAAAUUCUAAGAAAAAGAAAUUAUAAGCCUUCAGAAAGACAUGAUUUUAUUGAUUUAUUGUUAGAAUGCAAAAAUAAAGGUACAAUUAUAGGUGAAUCAAUUGAAUAUUUUAAUAAAGAUGGGACUCCAAAACAGGCGCAAUUAGAAUUUGAUGAUGUAAUCAUAGCCGCCCAAGUAUUUGUUUUCUUCGCAGCGGGCUUUGAAACAUCUUCUUCUGCAACGAGUUUUACAUUACACCAACUUGCUUACAAUCCAGAGGUACAAAAAAAAGUACACAAAGAGAUUGACACUGUACUUGCUAAAUACGAUAACAAACUUAGUUACGAUGCUAUUAAAGAAAUGACAUAUUUAGAAUGGACCUUUAAAGAAGCAAUGAGAAUAUUUCCUUCAUUGGGAUAUUUAUCAAGGACAUGUAGAAAAAAAUAUACUUUCCCAGGUAUAAAUUUAACUAUUGAUGAAGGAGUCAACAUCGCAAUUCCAGUUCAAGCUUUUCAUAAUGAUCCUCAAUAUUGGGACAAUCCAAAAGAAUUUAGACCUGAACGCUUUCAUCCUGAUGUAUUUACAGAAGUACAGAAAAGUGUUUAUCUUCCUUUUGGCGACGGGCCUCGCAAUUGUAUAGGUGCUCGUCUCGGACUGAUGCAAUCUUUAGCUGGUUUGGCUGCAAUAUUAUCUCGGUUUUCAGUUGCGCCCGCGCCAGAAACUAAACGUUACCCUAUCGUGGACCCUUCAUCGCAUGUAGUACAGAGUAUUAAAGGAGGUCUACCACUAUUGUUUAAUGAAAGAAAAGAUGUGAAAGUAUAUUAAUAAACUAUUAUUAUAUAAUAUAUAUUGUAAUCAAUUAAUAUUAAUACUAGUGGGCAAUCCUUGUCGUUUUAAUUCUUUUAUGUCUUACACUGGUUUCGACAUGAAUACAGAAGAUUCUUUGCUUGUGAUAUUUUUUUUACAUAAAAAUUCUUUUAUUAAACUUU